AUGUUCAAGAAGAAGCCCAAUAUCAAACCCCUUAGCCCUCUCAAGAGCUCCGACCGCCGCCGCACCGCCGAUCAGAUCAUUUCAGACUUUGGCCUUGGGGUUCCCGUCGACCAGCAUGCGGAUCCAGCGGAUAAAGCAGCCUCCACGGCAGGUCUUACAGCUCUGAGAAAGUCGAUACUCCCCGACAGCGCGCUUUCGGCCCGAUUCACGACAACAGCUGGGCCGAACCUGAAGCAAGUGUCGGGGACGGUGUACAUUGGUAGCCAUGAGGGGACUGGGGACGAGCAGAGAAUACUCUGGGUCAAGGUUGGGGAGAAGAUGUAUCCUACUGUGUACACGCUCUGGCAUAACCCACGCAUCGUCCCACUCCUCUACACGCCUUUAGUCGUCGUCGAGAAGCUACAAGGCGGCGCCGACCUCAUGACCCCCGGACUCCAGAGAGGCCCUCCGUUUCCGAAGAAAGCUGUCAAGGGUGCUGUCGUAGGAAUCGCGAGCCUGGAGGCACCUACAGUACCCAUGGCAGUCGGCACAUGCGAAAUCGACGUGAGCUCACUGGAGAAGGUACAAGGGAUGAAGGGACACGCAGUGCAGACAUUCCACUGGGCGGGCGAUGAGCUCUGGUCAUGGAACUCUGCGGGGAAGCCUGGCACUGAUCCGCCGGAAUAUAUCGAGGGUUGGGACGACGAGAAGGACACAGAAGCAGAGCUUGCGUCGCAAACUGCAGCUAUGGAUUUGGAGGACGAUCAGGACGGAGGCGGUGUAUCCCUCAAUGCUGACCCUACCGAACGAUCGGAAGCGGAAAAGGCGCAAGGCGUCGAUGGCGAAGACGCGUCGUCAUUAAAGGACUCAGUCGAGGAGGUGGAGGACAAGGAGCUGUCACAGAAGGAGAUCGACGAGGCCUUCAUGAACGCCUUCCUUUACGGCAUUCGAUACCACAUGGACAACAACAAGGACCACCCAGCAUUCGGCCUUGACCUCCCUCUGUCGCAGUCGAAGGUCAUGUCCCUCCUCGUACAGCCAUUCCUCCCCACUUACACGCCCGCCCGAACAGCCUCUCUUCAGAUCAAGAAGACAAGUUGGAAGAACAUCAAGAAGUUCAUUAAAUACCUGGACAAACAGCAGAUCGUCAAAUCUAAAGACCGCGACGGAAACGAGGUGGUAAUCUGGGACAUUGGCUUUGAGGACCGCCAUGUGAAGUCAUUCGUUCCAUAUCGGUUGCCGAAGAAGGAUGUUCCAACGUCCUCGAACGUAAAUGGAAAGCCAGCAGCAUCACUUCCCGCCGAGUCUUCUAUCGGACAGAAGCUCAAGCUCAUCUCUCUGCUCCGGCCCAAGGAGAAGCUUGCUCCCAUCCUCAAUGCCUCGAAAGCUGAUCCGCGCGGUCUUUAUACGCCUGUAGAGCUUAAGCAGAUUCUGGCAGCCUACAUUGAAGCCGAGAAUCUGGUGUCUCCAACGAAUAAGCGUUUCGUCAACAUCAACCCUCAGAUCGCAGACGCGCUACUAGGAACGUCGGCGGCAGAUAACGCAGCGCUAGCAGCGGGAACAAUUGCUCGCGACGCACUCUCCGAGCGCAUGGUUGCUGCCACGUCCCCUUUCCACUCCAUUCUGCGCAAUGAUGCCGAUAUAGCUGACUCGAAACCAAAAGCCGGCGCACCUUCCAAGAUCCAGAUCGUCAUGGAGACGCGCAGUGGCAACAAGACGGUGACAAAAGCUAGUGGGGUCGAGGCCUACUACAUCGCGCCACAACCACUCGCCGACGAGCUGAGAAAAACGUGCGCUGGGAGUACCAGCGUCGACCGAUUACAGGGCAGCAGUCCCAAGAACCCGGUCAUGGAGGUAAUGGUUCAAGGACCGCAGAAAGAUGCUAUAAUCAAAGCGUUGGAGAAGCGGGGCGUGCACAGGAACUGGGUGGAGGUCACGGACAAAACAAAAGGAAAGAAGAAGGGGUAG